CCGGAUGUGAGUGAUUACGUAAUCAAGAAAUUUCCUAAGUGCUGGUGAACUGCUUGCUAUAUACGUCUCUGUCCACCAUCAGAUUCCAGUCCCAUGAGCUAGACUGGGACAAUGACCAUCAGCAGCAGCAUGUCAGAGGAUCCAGCAUUGACGCCGAGACCAGAGACCUCUUUGAAUGACCGUCCAUCCAUGUCUCGAGGCGAGGCGCCGAUCAAAAAAGAGUAUCUGAUAGACAAGGUGCCAACAGUGGAAUCUACGUCGUCUCAUGCUCUCAACACUGAAGCACCGUACUCUACUGCCGACGAUGACGCUGAAGGCUCAACGACGAUCGAUGCUCGGGGAUCCAAACGACGAAAGACGGCGGGCGGUCCUGGUUCGAAGAAAGAACGAGGUCAGAACAAGUCGAGACAUUUUCCCAUCAUGAGGGACAGCAAUGUCAAGAUGUGUAAAUCGUGGGAGACGACUGGGACCUGCGCUCGGGAAAAGGAGGGGAAUUGUCGAUUCACCCAUUCUUGGAAAGACUACUUUGAGACGAAACCCCGGGAUAUAUCGUUCAUGGCUUCAUCCGCAUUGUACGAUGAAGCUCCGUUCGUCCGUCCGAAGGAGGACGGCGUGAUAUCGUCAGGCAGGCAAGAGGUAGAAGAGGACGAAGUUGGAAAGUCAUUAGACUUUGGGACGGAAUGCCCAGUGUUCAAAGAUAUCGGAUGGUGUCCGUUCGGAUGGAGAUGUCGAUUCCUCGGGGCUCAUAUCAAAUAUCUUGAUCAAGUCGACGAGACAACUGCCGGUCCUUCACACAUCGGUCGAUGGGAGCUCCUGGGACACGACGAAGUGGGCAAGCACGGGAAAUGGUCAAGAGGAGAGACGAAUUGGCCUGCAUAUGGCACAGUGGCGGAUCUCAGAUCUUCAUCGUACCCCUUCAGAUUCUCUGAAAAAUAUCUGCAUUAUAUUGAGCCGCAAAAAGAGUUCAGAUUGGGACCUAAAGGGGACCGGCGUCCGAAGCAGGACAGUACCAGCGUCUCCGGACCGAAUGGAAUGACCGACGAGGAAGCAGCGAUGAACGCUACGAAUGGUGGAAGUGGCAUGACAAAUGAUCACGGGGUAGUGGACGGUCAGACGGAAAGCUUAGACGUUCCAUUGCGACCAGAGGAGAAGCGGAAGUUACCCUUCGAAGGUGGACUUUACCUUGCACCGUUGACCACUGUGGGCAAUCUACCAUUCAGAAGACUCUGCGUUGAUUACGGAGCCACCAUCACCCUCUCCGAGAUGGCUCUGGCUCAACCUCUUGUCUUGGGCCAAAUGGAUGAAUUUGCACUGCUCAGAAAACACCAGUCUGAGAAGACCUUUGGUGUACAGAUUGCAGGAGGUUACGCCAAUCGUAUGGUGCCUUGUGCAGAGAUGCUCGCUAGAGAGUUUUCAGAUGGUAUAGAUUUUGUCGAUGUCAAUUUGGGAUGUCCUAUCGACCUAAUCUUUAAUCAAGGCGCAGGUAGCGCUUUAAUGGAUGCUCCUGGACGUCUGGGCAAAUUCCUGAUAGGCAUGAACCGGGCGCUUGGAGACAUCCCUUUAACAGUCAAAUUCCGCACUGGAGUUGCUAUGAACAAGCCCAACGCGCACAAGCUGAUCCCUCGAUUCGCCAAAGAAUGGGGAGCCAGCGCCAUGACUCUUCACGGGCGAUCUAGACAACAGAGGUACUCCAAACUUGCAGACUGGGAAUACAUCCGUCAAUGCGUGACCACACUACGAGAAACUACCGACGAAGCUGGUUUACCCCGCAUCCCAAUGUUCGGGAACGGAGAUUGCUUCUCUGCCCAGUCAUACUACGAGGAAAUGGAAAAGAGCGGAGUGGACGGCGUGAUGAUCGCCAGGGGCGCACUGAUCAAGCCUUGGAUCUUCACAGAGGUCAAAGAGAGAAGAGAAUGGGAUAUCAGUGCGACGGAGAGGUUGGAUGGAAUCAGAAAGUUCGCCGAGUACGGCCUGAGUCACUGGGGAUCUGAUACCCAGGGAGUCUCCAAAACCCGUCGGUUCCUAUGCGAGGCGCUUUCUUUCCAACACCGGUAUAUCCCUAUUGGUUUGCUCGAACGUCUGCCUCCGAUGCUGAACGAAAGACCGCCUGCCUAUCGAGGUCGAAGUGAACUUGAGACGUUGCUCAGCAGUCCUUUCGUCGGCGACUGGAUCAAGAUUUCGGAAAUGUUCUUGGGUCCAGUGGAACAAGGUUGGAACUUUGUGCCGAAACACAAGUCGAAUGCGUAUGGCGGAGAGGAGGCUCAGGGAUGAGAACGCGAGUGGUAAGAAAUCCGUGUGCAGUGUGUGAGACCGGCGUGAUGGCGCAAUGGAGCACCGCACGGCCAGGUUCACAGAUGGAGCACAACAGGGAUCUCUCACUCGACAUGAUACGGAACUGGGUCGGAGAUAGCCGAAAUUUUGAGCAUCGGUCCGUUGUUCCGGACAAAGUCAUCGAGCCCACAAGUGUAGAGGCCAGUCAGCUUCAGGUAGGCAUGCAUGCAUACAAUGCCGUGGACAGAGCCAUAGAGGC